AUGAUGAGUACAAUAUUGGCUCUGUUUGUUUUGAUUUUUGCUAUCUUGUCUUUCAUAUUCGGACUUGUAGCUUCUUUGAAGACGCCUGACUUUGGAACGCCAGUGAUCACCAAGGAUGGUGUGUCAUGCAAGUUCUCAAAUGAUCCAGUUGUUAUAUUUGGGUAUCUCUCUGUAGCUUUUCUUGUUGUAUCAGGAGUGGUUGGAUGUCUUUCUCUGUUCUACCCUUUCAAAGGAAAGUCUCCACGGUUUUCGAAAGUCUUCGAUUUUAUAUUGACUUUCAUUGGACUAGCUACUGCAUGUUCUUUGUUAUGGGCAACAAUCUCUAUUCACCUUUUACAACAUAAAGUACAUCAUGAUCUCAUCAACGACUAUGCUUGUCCUUCCGCUGGAACUUGUGAAACGACCCUUGUAAUUGGUGCCAUGUUUUCCCUUGUUUUGGGCAUCAUUUGGUCGCUUAUGGUCUUGGCUCGUGAGGAUUUGUUUCAUAAAGUCAAUGAUGUCAAUGGUGGCGAGAUUUAGGGUCUGUUUGAUAGCAGUUUUAGUUUUCAGUUUUUAAAACAAUUUUUAGAAACAAUUUUUAAAAACAGU